GACACCAAAACAAACUCACUUCUUGUCUCUAUUCCAUCGGCACAUACUUCCAGAAUUCAGUUACCACUCUCUUUGCGAUCAACCAUGGCGACAGAGAAGCAGGAUAAGCUGGCGGUCCAUGUCAGAUCGGUCGAUAUGACCGAGGAUAUGCAGCAGGAGGCUAUUGAAGUUGCAACGGAAGCUAUGGAGAAAUUUCACAUGGAAAAGGAUAUUGCGCAACACAUCAAGAAAGAGUUCGACUCACGCAAAGGCGCAACAUGGCAUUGCAUAGUCGGUCGCAACUUUGGCAGUUUUGUAACGCAUGAGACGAAACAUUUCAUCUACUUCUAUCUCGGUCACUGCGCUAUCCUUCUUUUCAAAACCCAAUGAUAUCCCCACCGUCAAACCUCCGAAAUGUGCGAUCUGCGGUAGCAAGAACAUUCUGUAGGAGAUCCAGGUGAUUAUGGGACGGAAACAAACGAUGCGUUAUACCCGGCCGUGUCGGCGUUUAGGAUAGUGGCUUGUGGAAAACAUUCUCAUCUUUACCGUUGUAUGUGUGUGUUUGUGUUGAAAUAGUUGUUAGAUAUGUAAUCCGGAUACCCACGCCUCCACUUCUGUCCCUUUACAGAACAUUGCUAGUCCCCCACUGCUACUUGAUGAUUUAUGCAGUAUUCUAUGAAAACGAA